AUGAUCAUAAAUAGUAUACGGAGGAUAUUCCUGUCAUUUAGAACGGAAGAAGAGGAACGUUACUAUUCCCGUACAGCAUUUUUCAAUUUACUUGGGUUUUUAGGGUCAUGUGUUUUAUUUUCAUUUGUUGCUCAAAGGUUAUCUAAGCAUCCACGAGAAAUUGCUCAGAUAGCUAGAGCUAAUGCAUUAAUUAAGGCCAUCCUGAAUUAG